CAGAAAGAAGCAUAGUAUCGACCACAAACAAAGAGAGGUCUACAUACAGUCCCUUUGCCGAUCGGAUAAUAGACAAGGCGAAUGGCUCGACUUAAUGAUGUACCGGCUCAGCCACUUUUUGUGUUAUCCGUCGCUAGAUCAUGUUUUCCUCAAUCUUUCCACCACGGCACUGGGCAACAUCCAACGCGGAAUGUAUAUACUCCAGAUUAAUCACACCCAAAACGAGCUGGCAAACCUGAUGGUGGAGGGUUCGAAAAUCACUUUCACCGGCGAAGAGACAUACAAAAGGAAAAUCCGGCAAUGCCAUGAUCAUAUUCGUGCUGGCGAUUGUGACGAGCUUUUGUUGGCUGCCGAAGCAAACGUCACACUGCCAUCAUGUAGAUAUUGGGAGACAUCAUCCGUACGGGGUUGGAUCCUGCUCAAGCAGUUCAUGAAAUUCCAUCCGGCAAAUUUCAGCGCAUAUAUGAAUAUCGCACAUUCGAAAGUUAUUGGUGGCGCCCAGAAAAGUCUACUUCGCGGCAGUAGAAAUGAGAAGAGAUCUGGAUUGCUUCCUGAAAACGAACCGGAAGAAGCCCCCGAAGAAGAGCCUGAGAAGAACCCCGAGAAGAGACUUAAGGAUACUGCCGAUAAGGAAGUUGAGGACUUGUUGACCAAGGCAAAUGGGUUGGCGAAAGACAAAGUCUUCGUAGAUCGACUCAAAGGCAAUUUAUCCAAAAUUUCGAAGUUACGAGACGCUCAGAUCGAAAAAGAGGCGGAACACGAAAACAAGUCUGAUAUGUAUCGACUGCCCAGGAAUGGCGAGCCAGAGGCGUCGUCUUCAGUGCAUCAAGGAGGGAGUUCUACCGCAGACAACGCAUCAAGCAGUGGCCAACAUUCGAUAUGCGAUGAUCCCCCUUCCGAUUCACGCGCUUCAGAUGGUAUGUACUCGGAGAUUUUGAGGAAAAUAGAGAAUCGUCCAAGGGGUGCCUUCUGCGGCGUCGCAGGAUACAUGGAUGUCGGAGGUGGUUUCGAGUUUUUGGUUCUUGGUCACGCAGCUUUUACUUGGUCCGCACCCGGAACACCCGAAAUUUGGCGGGUUGGAGCCGCCGCAACCAUCAGCGCCAGAAGCACCGCCCAGCAAGGAUGGGAUGAAGUGCGGGGAAGAUUGGAUGCUCUACUGCAGAUAUUUCGCCAUCGCCUUGAUUCUGAGGUGGACGAGGGAGAUCCAGAAAGGGACCGAGGUCUUUUUCACAGGAGCAAUGUUCUGAAACAUCUUCUCAGGCUUCUCAUUACUCCCAAGAUGAUAGAAGUUCUGCAGGGAAGUGGAGGUCUGGGAAGAAGAAAAAGAAGAAGAAGAAGAAGAAGAAGGGCAAAGCCUAGGGGAUUAUGGUUGGCAAUCGAUAUCCUUAGAUUGUAUAAUUAUCAAUAA